AUGUCCAAGGUUGAGAAUGCUUCAUCUCACAAACACCCGGCAAGAGAUUCAACCUUCGAGGAUUUGCUAAAGCCAGUUUACAAGGGCAGGAAGUUAACCGAUGAGAUCAAUACUGCGGAGGACAAGUGGAAUCUUUUACCGGCAUUCCUGAAGGUUAAGGGUCUGGUAAAGCAGCAUUUAGACUCUUUUAACUACUUUGUCGAUGUUGAUUUAAAAAAGAUCAUACGAGCUAAUCAGUUAAUUUUAAGUGAUGUGGAUCCUGAGUUCUACCUCAAGUACGUCGAUAUUAGGGUGGGCCAUAGAUCCAAUUCCUCAUCAAAAGAUUACAUUGUCCCGCCACAUGAAUGUAGAUUGCGUGAUAUGACAUACUCUGCACCAAUUUAUGUGGACAUAGAAUACACUAGAGGAAGGAACAUUAUAAUGCAUAGGGACGUAGAGAUUGGCCGAAUGCCGAUCAUGUUGAGGUCAAACAAAUGUAUUUUAAAUGGUGUUUCCGAGAAAGUUAUGGCAAAGCUCAACGAAUGCCCAUUGGAUCCAGGUGGGUAUUUCAUUGUUAACGGUACAGAGAAGGUCAUUUUGGUGCAGGAGCAGCUUUCCAAAAAUCGUAUCAUUGUUGAAGCUGACGAGAAGAAAGCCAUAGUACAGGCUUCUGUAACAUCUUCUACUCACGAAAGAAAAUCUAAAACAUACGUUGUGACCAAGAAUGGUAAGAUAUACCUGAAGCAUAACUCCAUUGCAGAGGAAGUACCUAUCGUGAUUGUUCUAAAGGCUUGUGGUGUUGUCUCUGAUUUAGAAGUAAUGCAAUUAGUUUGUGGAAACGAUAGUAGCUACCAAGAUCUUUUCGCCAUUAAUUUCGAAGAAGCUGCCAAGCUAAAAAUCUACACUCAACAACAGGCGCUUGAAUACAUAGGUGCAAAGGUUAAAACCGUUAGAAGACAAAAACUUUCUAUUUUACAAGAAGGUAUAGAGGCAAUUGCAACUACCGUCAUUGCACAUUUAACUGUUGAAGCUCUUGAUUUCAGGGAAAAAGCUUUGUAUAUUGCUGUGAUGACACGUAGAGUAGUAAUGGCAAUGCAAAAUCCAAAGAUGGUUGAUGAUAGAGAUUAUGUUGGUAAUAAGCGUCUAGAAUUGGCUGGUCAAUUGAUGUCACUGUUGUUUGAAGAUUUGUUCAAGAAGUUCAACAAUGAUUUCAAGGCAAAUAUUGAUAAAGUAUUAAAGAAACCCAAUAGGGCAAUGGAAUAUGAUGCGCUACUUUCCAUCAAUGUGCAUUCCAAUAACAUUACAAGCGGUUUAAACAGAGCCAUUUCCACUGGUAAUUGGUCUUUAAAAAGAUUUAAGAUGGAAAGGGCUGGUGUUACUCAUGUUCUUAGCCGGCUCUCAUAUAUCUCUGCCUUAGGUAUGAUGACUCGUAUUUCAUCCCAGUUUGAAAAGUCGAGAAAAGUUUCAGGCCCAAGAGCUUUGCAACCAUCACAGUUUGGUAUGCUUUGUACUUCUGAUACACCCGAAGGUGAGGCAUGUGGUCUUGUGAAGAACUUAGCCCUAAUGACCCACAUUACUACCGAUGAUGAGGAAGAGCCCAUCAAAAAAUUAUGCUAUUUACUAGGUGUUGAAGACAUCACUUUAGUCGAUAGCAACUCCUUACAUCUGAAUUAUUGUGUUUACCUGAAUGGUACAAUAGUUGGUACCAUCAGGUUUCCCACGAAGUUCGUGUCUCUGUUUAGAAAUUUGAGGAGGUCAGGUAAGAUUUCAGAAUUCAUCUCAAUCUACACCAAUAUACACCAGAAAGCCGUGCACAUUGCUACGGAUGGAGGAAGAAUUUGCCGUCCAUUAAUUAUUGUUAGUGAUGGCAAGUCCGGUGUAACUGCCGAUCAUCUCAGACAACUUCUAGAUGGUAAGCUUCAAUUUGAUGACUUUUUGAAGCUUGGAUUAGUGGAAUAUUUGGAUGUGAAUGAGGAAAAUGAUUCUUUCAUUGCGCUAUACGAAAAGGACAUCGAUAUUAAUAUCACUCACUUAGAAAUCGAGCCUUUCACCGUACUAGGUGCCGUUGCAGGUCUGAUCCCUUACCCUCAUCAUAACCAAUCUCCUCGUAAUACUUACCAAUGUGCAAUGGGUAAGCAAGCAAUUGGUGCUAUUGCAUAUAAUCAAUUCAAAAGAAUUGAUACUCUCUUAUAUUUAAUGAUUUAUCCACAACAACCAAUGGUCAAAACAAAGACAAUUGAACUAAUUGAUUACGAUAAAUUGCCUGCAGGUCAAAAUGCCACGGUUGCCGUUAUGUCCUAUUCAGGUUACGAUAUCGAAGAUGCUUUGGUUUUGAAUAAAUCUUCGAUUGACAGGGGAUUUGGUCGAUGCGAAACACGCCGUAAGACCACUACUGUCCUUAAAAGAUAUCCUAACCAUACGCAAGAUAUAAUUGGUGGUAUGAGAGUCGAUGAGAAUGGAGAGCCAAUUUGGCAACACAAGCCAUUAGGUCCUGAUGGUUUGGGCGAAGUUGGGAUGAAAGUUGAAAGUGGACAAAUUUAUAUCAACAAAUCUGUUCCUACCAAUGCAUCUGACAGCGUCUUAACUCAGACUCAAGCUCAGUAUAGAGAAACGCCUGUGAUAUAUAGGGCUCCUGAACCAUCCCAUAUUGACCAGGUAAUGAUGUCUGUAUCAGAAAAUGACCAAGCGCUUAUCAAAGUACUAUUAAGGCAGAAUAGAAGACCAGAGCUUGGUGACAAGUUUUCCUCUAGACACGGUCAGAAAGGUGUUUGUGGUAUCAUUGUUAAACAAGAGGACAUGCCAUUUAACGACCAGGGUGUUGUGCCAGAUAUAAUUAUGAAUCCUCACGGUUUUCCAUCUCGUAUGACUGUUGGAAAAAUGAUUGAACUUAUUUCUGGUAAAGCUGGUGUUUUGAAUGGUAGCUUAGAAUAUGGUACUUGUUUCGGCGGAUCAAAGCUUGAAGAAAUGUCUCAAAUUCUAGUUGACAAAGGCUUCAACUACUCCGGUAAAGAUAUGCUGUACUCUGGUAUCACAGGUGAAUGUCUGCAGGCGUACAUUUUCUUCGGUCCCAUUUACUAUCAAAAGUUGAAGCAUAUGGUAUUGGACAAGAUGCAUGCAAGAGCAAGAGGCCCUAGAGCUGUGCUUACGCGUCAACCUACUGAAGGUAGAUCUAGGGAUGGUGGUUUGAGAUUAGGUGAAAUGGAAAGAGAUUGUGUUAUUGCAUAUGGUGCCUCUCAACUAUUACUAGAGAGAUUGAUGAUAAGCUCAGAUGCCUUUGAAGUGGAUGUGUGUGAUAAGUGCGGUCUAAUGGGAUACAGUGGUUGGUGUACUAGUUGUAGAAGCGCUGAGAAUGUUAUUAAAAUGACAAUUCCAUAUGCGGCCAAAUUAUUGUUCCAGGAAUUGCUGUCAAUGAACAUCGCUCCGAGGUUGAAAUUGGAAGACGUCUUUGAACAAUGA